GCGAGGUGAGCGCAGCAGCGAUGGCCUCCAGCAAGCGGGUUCUCUACGUGGGUGGGCUGGCCGAGGAGGUGGACGAACGGGUGCUGCACGCGGCCUUCAUCCCCUUCGGAGACCUUACCGACAUCCAGAUCCCGCUGGACUACGAGACCGAAAAACACCGAGGCUUCGCUUUCAUUGAAUUUGAGCUGGCUGAGGAUGCUGCAGCUGCUAUUGACAACAUGAACGAAUCUGAGCUCUUUGGGAGGACUAUCCGUGUCAACCUGGCCAAGCCAAUGAGGAUCAAAGAAGGCUCCUCCCGUCCAGUCUGGUCGGAUGAUGACUGGCUGAAGAAAUUUUCGGGAAAGACACUUCAGGAGAAUUUGGAAGAAGAGGGAGCGGUGGCAGCCCGGUCAGAGGUUCAAGAGGGAGAACCACCAGUGAAAAAAUCCAGGACCAACCCCCAGGUUUACAUGGAGAUCAAGAUUGGAAAUAAACCUGCAGGUCGAUUGCAUAUUCUCUUGCGGUCAGAUAUUGUCCCGAUGACUACUGAGAACUUCCGCUGCCUUUGCACACACGAGGAAGGCUUCGGCUUUAAGGGAAGCAGCUUUCACCGAAUUAUCCCCCAGUUCAUGUGCCAGGCUGGAGAUUUCACCAACCACAACGGCAGCGGCGGGAAGUCGAUCUACGGGAAGAAGUUUGAUGAUGAGAACUUUAUCCUGAAGCACACGGGGCCAGGUUUGCUGUCCAUGGCCAAUUCUGGUCCCAACACCAAUGGCUCCCAGUUUUUUAUCACUUGCGACAAGACUGACUGGCUGGACGGGAAGCACGUGGUCUUCGGAGAGGUUACCGAAGGGAUGGACGUGGUGCGGCAAAUUGAGGCUCAAGGCGGCAAAGAUGGGAAACCAAAGCAAAAAGUCAUCAUCUCUGAUUGUGGUGAAUUCAUCUGAAUGUGGGUGCAAGCAGAUGCUGGUUGGGAAUACCGGAUAACAGGAAGACCAAGCACACCAUCGCUUCGCUCUGGAUGAAAACUAUUUGGGAUACUUUUCUAAAAAUUCAGUCAGAGUCUGUUUUAUGUGUUAGAACUGUAAAGCUGUUAAGAGAUUUCUUUUGUACAGAAUUUUUCUUUCUAUAAAAUUAUAU